UCUGUCCUGAGCACUUCAGUCGAGGACAGAAGCAUGAAGUGGCUUGGACUCCUUGGGCUGGUAGCUCUCUCAGAGUGCAUGGUCAUAAUCCCUAUUAUGAAAAUGAAGACCAUGCGAGAAACUCUAAGGGAAAGAAGUUUGCUGACAAAUUUCUCUGAGGAACACCCUUACAGCCUGUCCCAGAACGCCACUAAUGACCAAAACAUAAUUUAUCAUCCUCUGAGGAACCAUAAGGAUUUUUCCUACAUCGGCAACAUCAACAUUGGAACACCCCCCCAGGAAUUCCAGGUCCUCUUUGACACUGGCUCAUCUGGCUUGUGGGUGCCCUCCAUAUACUGCCAGAGUCCCAGCUGCUAUAAACAUAAAAGCUUCGUCCCUUGUAACUCCUCCACCUUCAAGGCCACAAACAAGAUCUUCAAUACCAACUACAGCUCUGUGUCGAUAAAGGGAUAUCUUGUCUAUGACACCGUUCGGAUCGGGAACCUUGUUAGUGUGGCCCAGCCAUUUGGCCUAAGCCUGAAGGAGUUUGGGUUUGAAGAUGUACCCUUUGAUGGCAUCCUGGGACUAGGUUACCCCCGACCCACUGUCACAGGGGCCUCCCCGAUCUUCGACAACCUGAUGAAACAAGGAGUCUUUUCUGAGCCUGUCUUUGCCUUCUACUUGAGCAGUCAGAAGGAGAAUGGCAGCGUGGUGAUGUUUGGAGGGGUGAACCGUGACUACUAUAAGGGAGAACUCAACUGGGUACCAGUGUCCCAAGUGGGCAACUGGCAUAUAAACGUGGACAGCAUCUCCAUGAAUGGGACAGUGGUUGCUUGUAAACGUGGCUGCCAGGCUCUCUUGGAUACGGGGACUGCCUUUCUGCGUGGCCCAAGAGGACCGGUCAGCAAAAUCCAGAAAUUCAUCCAUGCCAGGCCCAUCGGUCGUGAGCACGUAGUUUCCUGCCAAUCCAUCGGGACACUGCCUCCUGUUGUCUUCACUAUCAAUGGGAUAGACUACCCAGUACCCGCCGAAGCUUACACCCAAAGUUUGUCGGGCUACUGCUUCAGCAACUUUCUCGUGCGCCCGCCGCGUGUGAACGAGUCGGAGACCUGGGUCCUGGGUGAGGUCUUCCUGAGGCUGUAUUUCUCGGUUUUUGAUCGAGGAAACAACAGGAUCGGCCUGGCUCCCGCAGUGUGAAUGCUGGGCUACAGGACUCGACCAGGCCCACUCCACACACACACUCAUGUGAGGGCACGCUGGGUGGGGCCAGGGAUGCUGGUGAAUUGUGUUCGUCGCUCUGCAAAGCCCUAUUCUCUAUAAAGAAUGAAGGAUUUCAUCUC